AACACGGAGGUGGGGGGCCUAUAAAAGAUGUUUAGUCCAAACUAACUAAUUAACAAACUAACGUCCUAAUAUUUCAGCAACUAUAUUUGGCUGUCAUGUUUGAUUUAAAGGGUGGGUGGAAUCUCUCGUUCGCUGGAUGCGGAUUUUUGGGGAUUUAUCACAUAGGGGUUGCGAGCUGUCUUCUGGAACAGGCGCCCUAUCUCGUCCGUGGGGCCACUAAGAUCUAUGGAGCCUCCGCAGGGGCCCUCACUGCCUCUGUGCUCACUACUGAGGCAUGUCUAGAGAAAUGUUGUGAGGAUGUCAUCGAAGUUGCCAAGGAGGCACGGAAACGUAAUCUGGGCCCUUUGCACCCGACGUUCAACCUGGUGAAAGUGUUACGCGGAGGCCUGUAUCGCGACCUGCCUUCCAAUGCACACACACUUGCCUCAGGCAGACUGUGUGUAUCUCUCACACGAGUCAUGGAUGGGCAGAAUGUUCUGGUCUCAGACUUUUGUUCCAAAGAUGAACUCAUUCAGGCGCUUGUUUGUAGCUGUUUCAUUCCUGUAUAUUGUGGUUUAAUCCCUCCUGCCUUUCGUGGUGUGCGUUAUGUAGAUGGUGGUAUCAGUGACAAUCUGCCUCAGCCAGAGCUGAAGAACACUAUCACCAUAUCUCCAUUCUCAGGAGAGAGUGACAUCUGUCCUAAAGACAAUUCCACCAGCUUCCACGAGCUGCGUUUCACCAACACCAGCAUCCAAGUCAACUUUGACAACAUGUACAGAUUGAGCAAAGCCCUGUUCCCUCCAGAGCCAAAAGUGCUGGCAGAGAUGUGUCAGAGUGGGUAUAAAGAUGCUCUCCGAUUUCUCCAGGAAAACAAUUUGCUACAGGUGGCAUGUCCAUCAGCAGAUAUGACUCUGACCACACCCACCUUCUGCUGCCCAAUCAAUAAAAAUCCAGUCGUCGUAGAAACCACAAAACAGUGGGUGCUGCGGAGGCUCCGCCUCUUAAAAAAGCACCACUGCUGGUUGGAUGAACAGCUUGUUGACAACCUGCCCACGCCCAUUAAGAAAGUUUUUUGUGAGGCCUGCAGAGAAAAGCAUGGUCUACUGGCACAGGUGACUGGUUUGCUGCCGAUGCGUGUUGCUUCAUACAUGUUGAUGCCUUACACACUACCAGUGGAAUCAGUUUACUCAGCAGCACAAAGAUUUUUGGAGUGGAUCCCAGAAGUCCCUGCAGAUGUGCGCUGGCUUGCUGAAAUUGCAGGUGUUUACAGACUUCCGUGGAAUGGUUCAACAUCAAAGACAAGCAGUGGCGCCCCCUUGAGAAGAUGUGUGAGUGAACCACCAACAGUAGAUCAACCGACACCUGUCAUAGAGCAAAACAGACACAUACCUCUUUCUGUCAGCAACCUUGAUGAUUACAACUGGACUUUUUUAGAUGACCUCCAUGAGGCUUCCUCUUCCUAUCCACUGGACAGUUCAAAUUCCACAAGACCCUCUCCAAGACAGAUGUGCUUUUUUGUUGGCUCACAGGACAAUCAUACGAGCCAAAUGGAACAAUGUAGAGGCCCCUUGCCUUAAACUAUAUACAGACAGUCGGACCAUUCUGAAAAAUAUUUUGCAGUUUUCUAGCAAUGGGAAAUAUGGGUUUGGGUAGUCAAAAGCUCUGAGGGUGUAAAUGUGCUUGACAUGUCAAGCACUCCUCCUGUCAUAUGAUGCUCCAUUUGCUCCUUUAUUCUCCAUUCAAAACCAAAGAUGUGUUUGUCAAUUCUCUAGUAAAAACUAAUUUAGAGUAUGAAUGGCCUACUGUAUCAGUCAGUCUGUUUUGCUGACUUGGAUGCAGAAUGGAAAUUUAACUUAUUUCAGAGUUUACAUUGCAUCUGGUGCUAAUACUUCUAUGAGACCUCAACCCUUGAAAUACUAUUAUACAUGCCAUACAAGUCUGUCACAAAUGUGAACAAUCAAAUAAAGACUGUGGGCCCAUGAAUCUUGCUUUUUUAUUUUAC